AUGAAUUCAAACGAAAACAAAUUGAAGAAAAUGUUACUAAUGGGUUAACAUAAGGUGGGUAAAACUUCUAUGCAUUCAAUUAUUUUUGCAAAUACUCCUCCAAAUUAGGUUAUGUAGAUUGGAUUGACUGUGGAUGUAAAUCAAAAUUCAUUCAAAUUUAUGGGAAAUCUUAAGAUAAAUUUAUGGGAUUGUGGUGGACAAGAUAAACUUUUAUAAGAAUAUUUCACAACUUAAAAAUCUACAAUAUUCUCCAAUGUCGAAGUUUUGAUAUAUGUUUUUGAUGUUGAUAAAGAAGGAGAUCUAUUCAUAAAGGAAUUGAAUGAUUUUAAAACCACAGUAACAAGCUUAUCAGAAUGUUCUCCUGGAGCAAUUGUAUUUGUUUUAAUCCAUAAAUUCGAUAAAAUUAAGGAAUCAGAAAGAAAAAUUGUGUUUGAACGAAAAUACAAAGAGAUUAUUCAAAGAGCUGAUGGCCUAAAUAUUGAAAUUAAAGACGUGUUUUCUACAUCAAUUUGGGAUGAAACUCUAUAUAAAGCAUGGUCUUAGAUUGUUCAGAAUUUAAUACCUAAUAUCAAUAUUAUAAAGGAGAGUUUGAAAGCAUUUUGCCAAACUUGUAGUUGUGAGGAAGUAGUUUUAUUUGAAAAAUCAACUUUCUUGAUUAUUGAUUUUUAGGAAACAAAUGAGAAAAAAGACAUCUAAAAAUAUGAGAGAUUAUCUAAUAUAAUAAAGUAAUUUAAGUUGACUUGUAUGAAAACAUAAGCAAGCAUUCAAGCAAUAACAGUUAAAUCAGAGAAGUUUACUGUCUACAUAGAUGAAUUCACAGAGAAUACAUUUAUUAUGUUGGCUUAUACUGAUCCGUCAAUUUAUCCAGCUGCAAUUUCACACAAUGUUCAUCAUGCUUAAAAAUUAUUCGAAAAUAUUCAAGGAUCAGAUACCGACAAAUUGAAAUAUUUAACUUAAAGAAAGUCAUGA